UACAUAUGGGCUAGCUGUAUGCCUGCCUGGAAAUUUCAUAAGCUAAAUGCAAUCGCUGAACGUAAAGGUUGGGCUAAAUUUGUGCCCAUGAACCAUUUGUACAAUUCAUUGUAUCGCGAGGAAGAGCGAGAAAUCAAGCCUUAUUGCCUGGAUGUUGGUAUAUCAGGAAUGCCUCACUCCCAUUUCGGCGGAGGCAAACUCACCGGAAAAAGCAGGACUACUACUCGUUCAGAUGCAAUAUUUGUUACAACAAGAAUAUAUCCUGAGGCUAAUCAGGACUGCAACGAAACUAUUAUUGACCGAGUUCAAGUAGUCGCAAAAAUCUUAAUGCCACAAGUGCUCAGAUUGCUUUGGCGUGGCAUUUUACAAAGCCUUAUUUUGUCUCCAGUAGUGGGUGUAUCAAAAAUCAAGCAGCUUUACGACUUGAUAGGUGCUAUGGAUAUCAAGUUAACCAAAAAAGAGAUUGGUUAUUCGGAAUAG